AUGGCCAGAAAUCUUGUUUUUGAAUGCCUACUUUUCCGGUUUGUGUAUUUGGUGUGUGCUGUUUAUACUGUCAAAAAUGUUUCCUCUAUAGCCAAGGUAGGUUUCCUCUGCUGUCGUAUGAAGAUGAAAAAGUAGCGCGCAAAUGUGUGAUAAAAUCGGUAAAAAUGACAUUAAGCGCAAAUUUUAUAAAACCGUCCAAAUGCGCACAAACCUCUGAAUGUUUGCAGCAAUAUAAACCGAAUUAACACUGUUGUCUAGAACCGAUAACUAGUAUAACUGUUUUCUUUGUCAUGUCGUAAGAAAAGUUACCGUAUUACUUUUCCCAAAGCUGGUUAUAUGUUUUAAACACAAUCUUGUAAAUGACAACAAAGUACUUGUUGUUCUCUUUUACAUUUUCUUGAAUUAAUUAUAAAGGCGAAAACGAACAUUGGAAAUGACAUUUGAUUCCCAUAUAUCGAGCAAAGAGAGCGACAUAUCGAAUAUCCCAUCAAUUAAACAACCACAAUCAAAGCCUUUCAAAGAAACGGCUUGUUAAACGCGAAUGACUUCAAGAAUAUGAAUAACGUUUGUACGUGAUUGAAUCUGUAUUACUUGUAUGGUUAACGACAAUUUAAACACUUUGUCUGUUCUUUUACUUUUUUCCCCUUUAAAUAAAAAUGGACACUGUUAUUCUAUGCUUUUCUAUGCCCACUUACUUUUCCCUCUCAUUUCUUUAAAUUCAUAUAACACAGAACUCAAACACGUGCUUGCAAGGAUCACCUGGCCUCCCUGGACGUGACGGAGUCAAUGGACAUAACGGGUUACCAGGCCGCGACGGCAGAGAUGGUGCUGAAGGUAAAAAGGGCGUGGCAGGUACCCCUGGACCACGUGGAAUCAAGGGAGAAAUGGGAGCAAGUGGAAAAGACACUGAUGACAGAAACUGGAAACAGUGCGCCUGGAAAAUGAACGACAACAGUGAUAUUGGACUAAUCAAGGUUUGUUGAUUUUUCGGCAAUCAAAGCGACAGGUCCAGUUAGUGCUACGAGCAUUAUACUCAGUAAGUUUAACAGAGAAAGUAGAAACAAUUUGCCAAAAGAAAAUUGUACCUUUGUUGCCCGACUGUUUAUUUAAGGCUAUACCAACACACGCCGUUAGUGUCGUUUAUUUCUAUAGAAUUAUCCACUAGUAUCCUUAUCGCAUCGCAUUAUCCAUUAGCAAUCUUUUUGCGGUCAUUAUAGGACUGUCAGUUCACCAAAACCAGCGACGACAGUGCUCUUCGUGUUGUUUACCAGGGUACCUUAAGACUGAUGGGGUGUAACAACUGCUGCAAGCGAUAG